AUGGCUUUUGAGGAGCCGGAGGGUGUCCUGGCUGCAGAGGCGCUGCAGGGGGCAGCCCCUGGCCUCGGGGAGCAGGGGCCAGAUGAUCAGACCCACUGCACCCCGAAACCGGCCCAGGCCGUGGGCUCAGACCGCUGCAAACCAAGGGCAGGGGCAGGGAGGGCGUGGUCAUUGCCCAUUUCCAAAACGCUGGGCUCUCCGGAUCGGAGUGUCAACGGCAAACCCAAUGGGCUGUCCCUGGGGAGCUCAGAACCAGGAGGGGAUGCGGACACCUUCGCUGUGGCUGCUCAGGCGCCUGGGAGAAGCUUCCGGCCCCCGCCCCCGCCCCCGGCUCUGCUGCUGGAAGCCGUCCCGGCGCAGCGCUGCUCGGCUGUCAUCUGGUCAGAGACGCUGACAGGCGCAGGCAGGCCGCCAGCUCGCCCCGCGCGCCACUUGGAGGUUGGGCUGGCAGAUGAACCGGUCCUGGGAGGGGCCCGGAGGGAAGAUUUCACAUUCACGUCUCCGCUGCGCCGCGCCCCCGCGCUCCGGCUCCCAGCUGCAGCGGGGAGGGCUGACAGGCGCCAGCCGGGCGCGGGCAGAUGGUGCGGCAGGGCCCGUCAGAGCCGGACGCGGCGCUGCUCCCGCGGAACCGGGGCCUGCCCACCCGGAGCUGAGCGGCGCUGGAGGCACUCCGGCUCAUUCCGGCUCAUGCCGGCUCCUUCCGAGCCAGAGUCAGACCCUGCCGGGCAGGCACUGACCUCUCGUUCUCAGAGCUGCUUCAGCGGGGACGGGUCCCCGGCAGGGGCCACCAGGACAGGCCCCGCGGGCGUCCCUGAGCUCCGGCCCGUGGCAGAGGAGUGGCUGGGUGUGAAAGUGGCCAUUCACACCCAGGGGAGGAGCCUGGACAGCCCGGGAAGGCCCGGGCUCCAAAACACGCUCUUUCCCGCCCCGGCGGCCGGAGGCCACGCCCCCGCCCCGCCCCGCACUGCCAGGACCUGCGGCUUCGUGACGUCAGCAGGGGCGUCUCCCGAUUUCAGACCCUGAGCAGGAAGACGCACGUGGCGAGUUCAGCCGCCAUCCUCCAGCCCCCCUGUAGUCUAAGUCCCCGGCUGGAACACAGACACCUCGCCGGGGCUGCGGACGCGGUCCUGGAUGCGGGGGGCGUCCCGUGCCGGCGGCCAGCCCGACUCCUGGGCGCAGAGCAAGGAAGCGGGGUCCUCGUCCACCGGGGCGUCUGCUGCUCCCUGGGGCUCCGGCGGGCUCCGCGGGCCCGGGGGGCCCGCGCCUGUGCAGCCUGCUCCCCAAAGCCUGUCCCGAAGGCUCCCCAUGGACGCCCACCCGUGGAGGCCCCUUCAGGGGAGGCCUGGCCCACGCCUGGGACGCUGUCCAAGUUGGUGGCUUCCCCACGGAGCGGCUGGGACAGGGGCGGCAGCUCUGGGGUGACCUGGUUCGGUGGGUCGGGGUCGGGGUCACCCCUGCCCGACCCUGGGGUGUGUGUUCGUUAGCACGUGUGAGCUCCCCAGGUGGUGGGCGGCAGGUCAGGCCUUCUCUGUCCCUGUGAGCCACAAGGAAGCCACUCGCACCGUGACUGGUACCGGCGCGGCCUGUGUGUGCACACAUACACACACACACACGCACGCGCACACGGCCCUCCCAGCGUGCACGGCGGCUCGGGACUCCCUGCAGGACCCAGCCCUCCCCGACCCCUCCCCGACCCCUCCCCUCCGCUCCUCUCCCCGGCCCAUCCCACGAUUCGGCGACAAGCCCUCUCUCUGCAGCUGCGGAAACAUGGCUGGCCGACUCACUGCGACGAGUCACGUUGUCAGGGGUGGCCACCCCGUGUGGGUCCACGGAGGAUGGCGUUGUCGCCGUGGCCCUGCUCCCAGAGGCGGCCGCGGGCGAACAGGCCAGGGCUCCCGUGAGUCGAGACCCCGGUGGUCGCUGCAGACGGAGUGUCUCUGCCGGGAAGCCCUGUGGACUCUGCACAGGGGACAGAGUCCUGUCCAGGUCACGUCCCUGCCCGGGACCAACCUUCCUCCCUGCUCGUCAGGCGCCAGGUGCUUGGCGCUCACCUGGCACCUACCCCACGGAGCGAACCGUGAGGUCACCUGCGCCGCCCAUCUCACUGGUGAGGGCUCUGAGGUCCAGUCACCUGGCCUACACGUCCCCUUGAUGCCAGGUGCUCUCUCUUCCCACCACCCGCUGGCGUUCCCAGUUGGAGGAUGUGCUUCUCCGUGGAACAAGGUCCCGUGGCCGGCGUCCCCUCCAUGGCUUGACGGCAGGGCCUCAACUCAGCAGGAGCGUGGAGCCUGGGCGCCUGCCGCCGUGAAUGCCGUGCCCGACGCCGACGCUGACGCCGGCCACAGAGCAGGUGCACAGCCCCCACGGCAGGUGCAGAAGGGGGGCCAGCUGGGGCCCCCACCGGGACUUCCUCCCUCAGGGCCUUUUGACGUGGCCCACCCACCGUGGGGCCUGAGGGCCCGGCCAGUUCCCCCUCCACGGGGGACAGCCGCCCAGAGGGCCGGUCGCACUAACCCACCGCGGUGACACUCUGAACCCCGACCCACUCGCCGUCCUCGGCUCCCGGUCCUUCCACGAGCCUCCAGAGCUGGCGGCACGGAACGGGCGCCCUGCCUCCUGGGCCCCACACGCCGGGGUCCAGCCUCGUCUCUGGUUCCCUCCC